GGGAACACAGAGCUUGAUUUAUAAAUAACUAUAAGUAUAUGUCUAUGCAACGAAGUAAAAAAACUCAUCCCACGCUUUUUACAGUUCCUUUCUACGAAUCUGACUCAGUUUAUCCUCAGUUUUUAGAGUGUUAUGUAUUUUUUACACUAGAUUAAAUGGGAUCAACGUUUCGUCACAAGCAUCUUUAUACAUUCCACAAAUUUUGGGAUGUGAACGGUGAUGGUGUAUUAACAUGGGAUGAUUUUCGCCAAUUAGCUGAAAAAUAUACUAAAAUUCAAAGGAGGGGAAAAUUAGAUCAAGAUGUCUACAAGAGGUGGGAAUCUAUUCUGAGCAAAUGGUGGGAUGAAUUGACUCAGCAUGCUGAUUUUAAUAAAGAUACAGUAGUGGAAUUUGAUGAGUGGCUCAAAUUCUUUCACAAUUUGGGACAACAGACCAAAUCUCAUAAAGAGUUGCCAGAUUUUCUGCAGACCUACCUUCAACUUUUCUUUUUCAUUAUGGACUCAAACAAGGAUGGAUUGUUUUGCGUGAAAGAUUAUAAAAAGUAUUUGGCAAGUCAUGAUAUGGAUGUAACAAGAGCUAAGGACUGCUUUGAAACCAUGAUCAAUGAUGAAGACAGGUCCAAUGGUAAUGCUAUGACGUCAGACCGUUUCCGGGAGUUGGUAUAUGAUUUCUGGGUUUCACAGGAUCCAAGCAGUCCAGGAAAAUAUAUAUGCGGUACUUUUGAUUCAGCUGUACUCCAAGAACUCGAAUCGAUGAAUAAAUCAAAGAACUAAUCAUCCUCUUCUACCCUGAACACUUCCAUCAACAAGAGACUCCAUUUCAUAAAACUCUAGAUCUAUUCGUCAAACAAUUUUUGCCCAUAGCUUUUCAAAUAAAAACAUUUUUGUGAUUUUUAA